CUUCCUUUUUCUAGCACUUUUAGCCUUUUCAAGAACAGAAUAGUAAACCUUCUACAGCAAUUAACCCGCUUCGACAACUUGGCUUCCCUCAGAAGUGGACUCAGAACUGGACAACAAAUUGUUCACCACCACAACGGUUUCCGUUAAGUGCCUAAAAGUUUCUUUUUCAGGAUACUGCUGUCUUUCUCUUCUGUUUCUUGGCGGUACUGUAGAAGACCUCACCACCACGAGCCGCUUCCAUACAUUACUCUUUCCAUGUCGUACAAAGUGAAUGAACGGGUGUUGUGCUUUCACGGACCUUUACUUUAUGAAGCUAAAGUUAUAGACACAGAGAAAAAGGAAGAUUCGUCAACCUACUUGAUUCACUAUAGAGGAUGGAAAAAUAGCUGGGAUGAGUGGGUCGGACCCGAUCGUAUAUUAAAGUGGAAUGACGAAAAUUUGAAAACACAAAAGGAAUUAAAGAGUACAGCCUUGGCAGCUAAACAAAAGUCUGCUGCUACGAAAAAGGCAGCUUCUUCUACUAACAAGGUUGGUGAAGCGUCUGGUCAAGCAACUAAACCUAUCGGAAAACGGUCUCGGGAAUCUAGCGCUACCACCAUGGAGGGUGAAUCCCGUGAAACGUCUCAAAGAGCGAAAGCCCAAAAGUCAGCCUCUCCUGUUCCUCAUGUGAUAAAAAACGAGGCGGUUUCUGAAGCCGCUGUAGAUGCAGCAGUGAAAGCCGUAGAAGAAGAAUCCGUUGAUGAAGAACCACCAUUGCCUAAACACAAGGUUCGAGUUCCUGAUGUUUUAAAGCUUUGGUUAGUAGAUGAUUGGGAACAUAUCACAAAACAUCUUCAGUUAAUUUCACUGCCUCGAAAGCCGACCGUGAGAGCUGCCAUUGCUGCUUUCAGGGAAUCUAAGAUUUCUUCUUUAACGAAUGAAGUCGACGUUGAUGUGUUUGAGCAGGCUAUGGCUGGACUAGCUAUUUAUUUCAAUAAGUGCCUUGGAAACAUGUUACUUUAUCGUUUUGAAAGGCAGCAAUACUUAGAAGUUCGGAGAGAGUAUCCUGGAGUUGAGAUGUGCGAUAUUUAUGGCGCAGAACACCUAAUACGGCUUUUCGUUAGCUUACCUGAAUUAAUCGACCAUACGAAUAUGGACUCACAGUCGAUUGACUGUUUACUAGGAUAUAUCGAGGAAUUUUUACAAUAUCUCGUACAGCAUAAGGAUGAGUAUUUUAUUAAUAAGUAUCAAGAUGCUUCCCCGAACUAUCGAUCCUUAAUUGGCGUUUAAUGAAUUGCAUAGUUAUUUUUUGGAAAAAUGAUUAUCUCAUGAGAUAGACAAAUGAAGCCUUUUGUAAUUGCAAAGAUCAUCAUGGAAUUGUGAUAUAGGAUCAGCUGGAAUGCUUUUAGGGUUAUACAAAGGAAGAAAGUUGCCAACUUCAGCAUUCAAAAUAUCUUUGAACCCCUGUAGACUUAGGUUUAGAGAUGCUUCUGCUGGUAUUUGUUCUUCUUUCUUUUGUGCAACAAUUUUUAGUGUAGAUAUCCGACUUUUAGCAACCUUUGUUCUAACCCACAAGUCGUGGUUUGAUUGUAAAGUAGCUGUUUUCUUUUCUAUCUCUUUUGCUUUUGCUGAAACAUGUUCUAGCUUUGUCAAGGUGGAUUUCACAUAGGCAUGCCGUACAGCGAGCAAUUGAAGCCAUCUAGGGCGUACGUAAUACUAAAUUGAAUGUUAAUAAAUAAGGACUUUGUGAAAAAAAGUUGUCUGCCUAUACC